GUAAUAAAAAUCAGAAACAUGUUUUGAGACCUGAAUCUCUUGAAGGAACAGAUGAAGARGAUCCAAUUACAGCCCUGGAAUGGGACCCACUCUCUACUGAUUAUCUUCUCGUGGCUAAUUUGCAUUAUGGAAUUCGCCUAGUAGAUUCUGAAUCACUUUAUUGCAUAACAACAUUUAAUUUUCCAAGUGUAGCAGCUUCUAUACAGUGCUUAGCCUGGGUUCCCAGUGCUCCUGGCAUGUUUAUAACUGGAGAUUCUCAAGUGGGUGUUUUACGCAUUUGGAAUGUUUCAAGAACAACACCUAUUGAUAAUUUUAAAUUAAAGAAAACGGGAUUUCACUGCUUACAUGUACUUAAUUCUCCUCCAAGAAAAAAGUUUUCAAUCCAGUCUUCAAACAAAAAUCAUUAUACAUCCUCAACAAGUGAAGCAGUUCCACCCCCUAGUUUGACACAGAAUCAAGCAUUUUCUCUUCCUCCUGGUCAUGCAGUGUGCUGUUUCUUAGAUGGUGGAGUUGGUCUCUAUGAUAUGGGAGCCAAGAAGUGGGAUUUUCUUAGGGACUUGGGACAUGUGGAAACUAUCUUUGACUGCAAAUUUAAACCUGAUGAUCCGAAUCUUUUAGCAACAGCUUCAUUUGAUGGUACUAUAAAAGUUUGGGAUAUAAACACAUUAACAGCAAUGUAUACUUCCCCSGGUAAUGAAGGGGUUAUUUAUUCCCUUUCAUGGGCUCCAGGAGGCUUGAAUUGUAUUGCUGGGGCAACUUCCCAAAAUGGUGCUUUUAUCUGGGAUGUUCAAAAGGGCAAAAUGAUACAGCGAUUUAAUGAGCAUGGAAAAAAUGGAAUAUUCUGCAUUGCCUGGAGUCACAAAGAUUCCAAAAGAAUAGCAACCUGCAGUGGUGAUGGGUUCUGUAUUAUCCGAACAAUUGAUGGUAAAGUACUACACAAAUACAAACAUCCAGCUCCAGUGUUUGGUUGUGAUUGGAGCCAAAACAACAAAGACAUGAUUGCCACUGGCUGUGAAGACAAAAAUGUGCGUGUCUAUUAUGUAGCCACGAGCUCAGAUCAACCAUUGAAAGUCUUUAGUGGACAUACAGCAAAAGUUUUUCAUGUUAAAUGGUCUCCCCUGAGAGAAGGAAUUCUUUGCAGUGGAUCUGAUGAUGGUUCUGUUCGAAUCUGGGAUUAUACUCAAGAUGCUUGCAUAAAUAUUCUUAGUGGACACACUGCACCRGUGAGGGGAUUAAUGUGGAAUACUGAGAUUCCAUAUCUACUAAUAUCUGGCAGCUGGGACUAUACUAUAAAAGUGUGGGACACUCGGGAAGGAACUUGCUUGGAUACUGUAUAUGAUCAUGGUGCAGAUGUGUACGGUUUAACAUGCCAUCCAAGUCGCCCCUUCACUAUGGCUUCUUGCUCCCGUGAUUCUACAGUGAGACUCUGGUCAUUAACACCUUUAAUCACUCCUUUACAAAUAAAUAUUCUGGCAGACAGAUCUUGGGAAGAAAUUAUCGGGAAUACUGAUUGUGUCAUAGAACAAGGCGCUCCUCCUCUGUUGUGUGGUAAAGUGUCAAGAGAUAUUAAACAGGAAAUAGAAAAACUGGCUGGUAAUCCUCGAGUGAAAAAAUUAAGAUGGUUUUCAGAAUGUUUAUCACCUCCAGGUGGCAGUGACAAUUUAUGGAACUUGGUGGCUGUGAUAAAAGGGCAAGAUGAUAGUUUACUUCCUCAGAGCUACUGCAAAGGAAUAAUGCAUUUGAAACACCUGAUUAAAUUUAGAACAUCUGAAGCCCAAGAACUAACAACAGUCAAGAUGUCUAAAUUUGGUGGUGGUAUUGGUGUACCUACUAAAGAGGAAAGACUGAAGGAAGCUGCUGAAAUACACUUGAGAUUAGGACAAAUUCAGAGAUACUGUGAACUUAUGGUUGAACUUGGAGAGAUCCAGCCCAUUCAGGCCAGUCACGUAGAGAGUUUGAUUGGAAUUCUCUUGACUCUGCUUCCAAAAUGUCCAGGAGAGAGAGCUGACCAAUUAAUCCAGGAAGAUAAGGAUGAUGUCAUUCCUUACUGCAUAGCCACUGGUGAUGUGARAAAGCUAGUAAAUUUUUUUAUGUCAAGAGGUCAGCUUAAAGAAGCUCUGCUUGUUGCACAGGCUGCAUGCGAGGGGAAUAUGCAAAACUUGCAUGUUUCUACACCUAAAGGAGCUUCAUAUUCUGAUGAUAUCUACAAGGAAGGCUUUGAUGAACUCCUCCACAAAGUCAGUAAAGAACUGGCAGAAUGGUAUUUUCAGGAUGGUCGAGCAGUACUAGCUGCAUGUUGCCAUCUAGCUGUAGAUAAUAUUGAGCUUGCUAUGGCAUACCUGAUUCGUGGAAAUGAACUGGAGUUGGCCGUCUGUGUGGGAAUGGUACUAGGAGAAUCUGCAGCACCAGCAACUCACUAUGCCCUAGAAUUACUGGCAAGAAAAUGCAUGAUGAUUCCAAUAUGCUUUCCAUCUGUUGGAUACAGGAAUUUGGCAGCCGAUCUUCUCCUGAUGAUUCCUGAUAAUGAACUACAUUUAGUAAAACUCUGUGCUUUCUACCCAGGGUCUAUUGAAGAAAUAAAUGAUAUUCAUGAGAAGUGCAAACUCCCCACAGUAGAAGAAUGUAUGCAGUUAGCUGAGACGGCCCAUGCAGAUGGCAAUGUAUUUGAAUCUAUAAAGUAUUAUUUAUUAAGUCAAGAACCUGAAAAAGCUCUUCCUAUUGGUAUUGACUUUGUCAAAGAMCACCUCAGUAGUUCAAAUUGGACAUUGGAUACCAUUUAUCCUAUUCUUGACCUGUUGAGUUAUAUUCGUACUGAAAACUUAGUCUUACAUACAUGUACUGAAGCUCGAAAUGAGUUGCUUAUAUUAUGUGGUUAUAUUGGUGCAUUAUUGGCUAUCAGAAGACAGUACCAAAGCAUUGUUCCAGCACUUUAUGAGUACACAAGCCAGCUAUUAAAACGUCGAAAGGUAUCAGUUCCCUUAAAAAUUGAACAUCUUUCCAAGGAACUGGAUGCAUGGAGAGCUUGCACACAGCCCACCAAUCAAUCAGAGGAAUCGCCAUAUACACCCCCUUCUGAUUCACAAAGAAUGGUUUAUGCAACUUUAUUAAAGAAACUAAAGGAAGAACCACUCAAAGGAAUUAUUGGACCAGAUUAUGUGACUGGAUCAAAUCUCCCAAGUCAUUGUGACAUUCACAUGUCUUGUCUUACGGGAUUAAAAAUCCAGGGCCCUGUAUUUUUCCUUGAAGAUGGGAAAUCUGCUAUUUCAUUGAAUGAUGCUUUGAUGUGGGCAAAGGUGAAUCCAUUCUCACCUUUAGGAACUGGACUACGACUCAAUCCAUUUUGA